AUGUUUACUUUGCUGAGAAGAAUGAUGCAUAAUACAUUUCUGGGCUGUUCCGCCCAUAAUAAUGGGUCCUACGAGGAAGCCAUAAAAGUAUUAAGCCUUACUUUACAAAGUAACGCUGCUUAUUUGCAAUCUGUUAAGAAUGCAAAUGAUUCUUCGAAAUUGAAGGAAGUAGAAAAAUAUUUACUCAGAUCUGGUAUUACUUUAGAGCAACUGGAUAGUCUGUCUAUCAUCCAUGUGGCUGGCACUAAGGGUAAAGGUUCGACAUGUGCGUUUACAGAGGCGAUUCUGCGACAACAUGGCUACAGUACAGGCUUUUUCAGCUCGCCGCACUUGGUAUCUGUGCGGGAACGCAUUCGGUUAAAUGGUGAACCUAUUAGUCAAGCACAUUUCACUCGUUUCUUUUGGAAUGUUUAUCAACGCUUAGAACAAAAACGAGAAUACGAGUAUGAUAUGCCAACGUACUUCAAGUUCCUAACGAUUCUCUCAUUCCACGUGUUCCUGGAGGCAAAUAUUGACGUAGCGAUCGUUGAAGUUGGAAUCGGUGGUGAAUUGGAUUGUACCAACAUCCUGCGGAAUCCGGUUUGCGUGGGUAUAACGAGCCUCGGUCUAGAACACGUCUCACUGUUGGGCAACACUCUGGAAGAGAUCGCUCAUCAGAAGUCGGGAAUCUUCAAACCGCACACCACAGCUUUCACGGUGCCACAAUCAGAAUCAGUGAUGCGCGUUCUACAGAAACGAGCUGUAGAGAGAAGAUGCCAUGAUUUGCAAAUAGUUUCCACGACCGAAGGUUGUAAGUGGAACGAUGUUUUUUUGUUGGCAGGCAUUGACAUUAAAAGCGUGCAGCAACAGAAUGCCUUACUGUCGAUCAGCAUAGCGCAUGAGUGGAUGAAAUCACGUUACGAUCAAUCUAUUAUAAACGAUAAAUACACCAAUGGUUAUUACAAUCUCCAAAGUGAAAAGAAUGAUUUAUCACAAAUUAUUUCUCCAAAUAAAGUUGCGACUGCAUUGAUGAACUGCAAGUGGCCAGCUCGCAUGCAGAUCCUAAGGACUAGUGUAGCAGAUUUCUUUCUGGAUGGUGCUCACACGAUCGAGAGUAUCGUUAACUGUGUAUCAUGGUUCAAGAGAGUCAGUCGGGGAACCUCUAGUAAGUUCCUAAUAUUUAAUAUCAGCGGUGAUAGAAAUUCUCUGGAAUUAUUAAAACUGCUGAAAUCUUUGGAUUUUGAUAGAGUUUAUUUUGCCCCAAAUUACGCUGGAGUGAUUAGCGUGGAGGAUUUAUCAAAUUAUAUACUACUCGACGAACAGAGAAAGAAAUGUAAGAAACAUUGCGAAUUGUGGGGCGAUAAUUCUGUGUCGAAGAAUACCGUUGCCGAAGUGCUCUACGACAUUAAGAAACAUGUGUCGUCGCAAGUGAAUAGUCACGAUAAAGUAGAGGUACUUGUAACGGGAUCCUUACAUUUGAAUGGCGCGGUAUUAACUAUUUUGGAUCCUAAUUUGUCAAUGACUAGUGAUUUUUAAUGUAAUGUGAAAUAAUAUUGAAAUUUGAGAUGUUAAGAUGUUUACAACCAUA